AUGAAGAAUUCAUUCUUUAGUUCAUUGGCAAAAUUUUCCUCACUUUCUUUAGCUUUGGCAUUGCCAACAGCAGAAGUUAUCCCAUCCGCUCUUGAAGAACGGCAAAGCUGUGCCAAUACUGCAACAACCAGGAGUUGUUGGGGACAGUAUUCGGCAUCUACAAAUUCUUACACUACUGUCCCACAAACAGGUGUAACUAGAGAGUACUGGCUGGUUGUCCAGAACUCAACUCUCAGUGCUGAUGGAGUUUCGCGCCCGACUCUUAACUUCAAUGGUACUAUCCCAGGACCUCAAAUCACGGCAGACUGGGGUGAUAACGUUAUCGUCCAUGUUACGAAUAAGCUCACUAACAACGGAACAUCUAUUCAUUGGCAUGGUAUCAGACAGUUGAACAACGCUCAGUACGACGGAGUUCCAGGGAUCACGCAAUGCCCAAUUGCUCCUGGGGAUACUCUAACAUACAAGUUUCACGCAGACAAUUAUGGUAGCUCCUGGUAUCAUUCCCAUUUUAUUCUUCAAUAUGGUGAUGGACUCUUUGGCCCACUCGUUAUCAACGGCCCUGCAACCGCCAACUACGAUGUUGAUCUUGGUAUGUUGUUCUUGAAUGACUGGAAUCACGUACCUGUUCAAUUAUUCUGGGAUAAAGCCAAGACAGGAGCACCACCGACACUUUUGACUGGUCUUAUGAACGGUACCAACACAUACAAUGGAGCUGGUAAAAAGUUCCAAAAAACUUUUACACCAGGCAAAAAGUACCGUAUCAGAGUGAUCAACACAGCUGUCGACGGCCAUUUCCAAUUUUCUAUUGAUGGUCACAGCUUCCAAGUCAUAGCAAUGGACUUUGUACCAAUUGUUCCAUACAACGCUACCAGUAUCCUUGUAAGCAUUGCUCAACGUUACGAUAUCAUUGUUACAGCUAAUGCUGCGGUCGGAAACUACUGGAUCAGAGCAGGAUGGCAGACAGCAUGUUCUGGUAACACCAACGCUGCCAACAUCACUGGCAUCCUUAGAUACACUGGUUCUAGCUCUACCGCUGAUCCAACGACUACCUCCACUGUAACGGCAAGUACGAGUUGUUUGGAUGAACCAUUGACAAGCCUUGUUCCGUUUGUACCAAUCAACCCAGUUGCCAGUUCUAUCAUGAAGACAACGUUGACCACUGGUGGUGGUCAAUGGCUAUUCAAUGGAAGUUCUUUACUUCUUAACUGGACCGACCCCACUCUUCUCACUGUCUUGAACAGCGGAAAUAUUUGGCCAACAGAAUACAAUGUUAUCCCUGUUGAGUCCACUACGGCGAAUCAGGGAUGGGCCGUUCUCGCCAUCUCAGGACCCAAUGGUCCUAACCAUCCUAUCCAUCUCCACGGUCACGACUUCUGGACUCUCUCCCAAGGUACCGGAGCCUACACCGCUACCACAGCACUAAAUCUCGUGAACCCACCCCGUCGUGACGUGAUGACACUUCCCAGCGGCGGGCAUCUUGUCAUUGCUUUCCAAAUCGAUAACCCCGGCUCUUGGCUCAUGCACUGCCAUAUCGCAUGGCACGCAUCUGAAGGUCUGGCUUUACAAUUUGUCGAGAGCGAGAGUAAGAUUCUACCGACAAUUGGAACAGCUGAUGUGUCCACUUUCCAAGACACAUGUGCAGCUUGGAAUGCUUGGACUCCUACUGAGCCUUUCCCACAAGAUGACUCCGGAAUUUAA